AUGGCGGGUUUUCAGCUGCCGAACCUUCCGGGGUUCCGGGUCCACGAGCCGGUGUACCAGGGCCAAGCGCUGUACAAGAAGCAGACCCUGACGGUCUCGAGCUCGCUGCACACGGACGGCGGCGGGCCCCUGAUGGUCGUCGAUCCGCCCAAGGCCGUACACCCAGACGCACUCGUGCCGAAAGGCACGCUCAACAUGACGGGCCACAUGGUCCCGGAGGGCGUCCCGAGGUGGAAGGCGCUCGACGGCAAGGUGCUGCGGUUCUACGGCUUUUUCAAGGAGGGGGUUGUUGAGGACCCGGUUGAGAACCACCGCGUGCGGCGCGUGGUGAUCUACUACUACCUCGCGAAGGACGAGAUCCAGGUGCUCGAGGAGAAGACGCUCAACUCGGGCAUCCCGCAGGGGAACCUCAUCAAGCGCGGGGCGUGCCGCCGGGCCGACGGCGAGCUCGUGAGCACGGCGGACUUCCGCGUCGGCGGGACGCUCGAGCUGCACGGCAAGGUCUUCCUCCUCGUGGACUGCGACGGCUUCACGCGCGCGUUCUACGAGGAGGCCGGCGACCCGCAGCCCGCGAGCGUCGACUACCCCGCCGACCCCCUCGCCACCUUCCGCGCGGCGCGCGCGCACAAGACCCGCGCGCCCCCGAAGCCCCGCAACGACGUCCUCACCCGCUUCGUCGAGGCGCGCCUCGGCCGGCCCUCGUCCGCCCUCGAGGACGACACCAGGGGGGACUUCCUGACCAAGUCGGGCUCGGUGCUGCGGUACUACGCGAUCUGGGACGACCGCGGGGUCUCGGGCGGCGAGCGCCGGCCGUACAUCAUCCACAUGUACCUCGAGGACCACGCCGUGGAGAUCCUCGAGGUCCACGAGCCCAACGACGGGCGCGAGCCCUUCCCACUCUUCCUGCGGCGCACGCGGCUCCCGCUGCCGAACGUGCACCGCGCGGACGCGCUCUCGCGGCUCCCGAAGUCGCACUGCCUCGCGCCGCAGCACCUGAAGAUCGGCGCGAAGAUCUCGGUGUUCGGGCGCGAGUUCGAGAUCUUUGACUCGGACAAGUUCACGCGGGACUGGAGCAUCAAGAACCUGGGGCGCACGGCCGCGCAGACGGCGCCGAUCGACGUGCGCGAGCGCGCGCCGACCGAGGACGUGCUCGUCGUGCCGCCGUGGAACGGCUACGGCUCGCUGGCGGACUCGAUGCAAAACUGCCUGACGCUGCUGCCCAAGCCGCCGAAGCGCGACUUCCGGAAGAUGAUGCUGAACGAGAAGACGGUCCUGCGGUUCCGCGUCCGCAUGAUCGCGUACGAGGGCACCGCGCCGCUCGCGGCCGCCGACGCGGACCGCCGGCUCGUGCUGACGUACUACACGGCGGACGACACGCUGUCGAUCUUCGAGCCGCCGAUGCGCAACUCCGGCAUCAUCGGGGGCAAGUUCCUCGAGAAGCAGGAGGUCUUCAAGCCCGGCACGACGCAGCCCGUGCUCGCGCAGGACCUCUGGGUGGGCGCCGCCGUCAUCAUCCACUGCCGGGCGUUCCAGAUCCUCGACGCCGACGAGUUCACGCUGCGGUACAUGGAGGCCAACCCCGACGCGUUCCCCAUGUCGGACGCCGACGCCGUCAGCCUCGCGUGCAAGGAGGCGGCCCAGGGCAAGGCGGAGGCGCUGAGGGCCGCGGUGGGGUCGGCGCCGCUGAGCGUCGCGGACGUGGCGCGCGUGUUCGAGCACGUCGGGAUCGACAUGACGGCGCAGGAGAUCCUGACGCUGUACCGGUCGCUGGGUGGCAGCGAGCUGUCGCCCGUGUCGCCGGCGGAGCUGCUGGGAGCGCUGGGCGCGGCGGAGGCGCCGGCGCCGGCGGCGGAGGAGGGCGGGGGGGAGGGCGAGGGCGAGGGCGAGGGCGGGGAGGCGGCUGCAGAAUAG